GCCGGCAGCCCUCCGCCCUCCACGGCAGCCCGUGCGCGUUGUACGCGUGCGCGAAGGCUGAGGUGCCGCGCCGCGCCCGGUGCUGCGAGAGCAUGGGGCCGGCGGAGCUGGUGCAGAAGAUCAGCAUUAACGCCGAGAGCCCUCGCGGCGGCGAGAGGAACGACUGCGGGGCGGGGGCUGAGCGCGGCCCCGCCGGCGGCUGGAGGCAGAAGUGCGCGGCCUAUGUGCUGGCGCUGCGGCCCUGGAGCUUCAGCGCUUCUCUCACCCCCGUGGCUCUGGGCAGCGCGUUGGCCUACCGGGCCGAGGGAGCGUUGGACCCGCGGCUGCUGGUGGGCAGCGCCGUGGCCGUGCUGGCCGUGCACGGGGCCGGCAACCUGGUGAACACGUACUACGACUUCUCCAAAGGCAUCGAUCACAAGAAGAGCGAUGACAGGACGUUGGUGGACCAGAUCUUGGAGCCUCAGGACGUGGUCCGGUUCGGGGUGUUCCUGUACACUGUAGGUUGCAUCUGCGCUGCAGGGCUCUACGCUGUCUCAACGCUGAAGCUGGAGCACCUGGCCCUGGUUUACUUCGGGGGGCUGUCCAGCUCCUUCCUCUAUACCGGAGGAAUUGGAUUUAAAUAUGUUGCACUUGGAGAUGUGGUGAUCCUGAUCACCUUUGGGCCCCUGGCCGUCAUGUUUGCCCAUGCUGUGCAGGUUGGUUAUCUGUCUGUCUCACCACUGCUCUACGCUGUCCCUCUGGCUCUCAGUACUGAGGCCAUCCUGCACAGCAACAACACGCGAGACAUGGAGUCUGACCAGCAGGCGGGCAUUGUCACCUUGGCUAUCCUCAUCGGCCCUGCGUUCUCCUAUGUUCUCUACACCGUGCUGCUCUUCUUACCCUACUUGAUUUUCUGUGUGUUGGCCACACGCUACACCAUCAGCAUGGCAUUGCCACUGCUCACCAUCCCGAUGGCAUUUUCACUGGAGAGGCAAUUUCGGAGUCAAAACUUCAACAAAAUUCCUCAGCGGACAGCCAAACUCAACCUCCUUUUGGGGCUCUUCUAUGUUUUUGGAAUUAUGCUGGCACCAGCUGGUGCUCUGCCCAAACUGUAAGGAGCUGUAGAGCCAGACCUCACGGUUCAGUAUUAAUGCCAAUAAAGAGGGGGAUUAUGUGGGUAGUUGACCUGUUGUGGACAGCAUGAAGCAUGGAGAGACUGUCCUGAGCUGCUGAUUGUAUGUGAGUGUUAUGAUUUCUGGUCUAGGUUAGCUUUCACAACAGGCUUUAGAGAAGUCAUUUAUCAGUUCCUUGGAAUAUCGCUUCCUUGCAGCUUUGAUUCUAGAGAAGCAACGUGACCUGAGGACAAGAGUUUAAAGAAUGUCACCCUUCUGCUGAUGGAUUCUGAGCGGCUUCCACUGUUAAUGGAAGUAAGAUUGAGUCUUAUGCAAACUCUCCCUUUACAAGUAGAUUGAUUGCUCUUACAACUCCUUACCGUGGUCAUGGAGUUCAGCGGCUCCUACGUGGCGAAUAGACAGCACUGCCAAAUGUUUAGCAUCACAAUGAGAUAGGUGCUAUUACUUCACUCCCUUGAGAGCGUGAUUCAUCAAUUGUAUCUUUUAAUUUUUGUUGGUUUUCUCUUUCCUUUUGAGCUUUAAUUUCCAAGCCCCCUGAAUGGUACUAGGAAGCUGAUUCAUUCACUGCUGUCUCUGCUGGAUUCUUAUAGUCUAGAAAAUACGAAACUAUGUCUCUGUGGUGUGUUGGUGCUAAAAUGGAGCACAACUAGCCCACUGCACAAGCUUGAAGACAAAACCAGUAAAUGUAUUCUGCUUUGAAAGCUGAACCUGUAAAUGCAAAUCACGCCACUGAAUAGCUUUCAGUGUGUAGAAAAACAAGUGGUUUCCCUUUCUAUGUCUGAAAGGACAGCCAGCUAGUUAAGGAGAACUGAUGGCCAGGGUGCCAGAAUUCUUGGACUCGGAUUGAUAUUGGAGUGGGAGAACAAGCUUUCAGUUAAAAAAAUGUGGUUUUCUUAUUGUCGUUCUCUCUGCCUAUUUAGAGGCUUGAAGUACCAUAGUCAAAUGUCCUAUUGCAAGGCCUAAAAGAAGCCCAAGUAAGAAGUGAAGGAAAAAGACAUGAGGUUAGCAAAAAGCAAUGAUUGUGUUGGCUCUACGUAUAAUUCAGAACUGGGAACAGGAAGAAACCAUCUUUACUAACCAGAUUUUUUCCUAAGGCAGACCAGUUUGUGUGACUGAAUCCCACUUAAAUGUUAGGAGCUCUGAAGUGAGUUUUCCCCACCUCUUCUCCUCCCCCUACACCUUUACAGCAUUGUUUUAUUUUCUUCUCUAGAUCUCACCUAUUGAUACUUUGACUGUUUGGAGAACUGCUUGUUUCACUAAAUGUGCAGCAGUUUGAAAAACAAACCAUGCCAAACAUAACUGGGAAACAUCCAUUCCUAUACUUAGGGGUUUGCUGAGUUGUUUGUUUAGAGGAGUUGUGAAGAGCUUCACAGGAACUCAUCCUGGUGUUCCACUCCUGCUAUUAGUGCCUGGAGCACAGCUUUGCUUUUGAACCAAGGGGGAGCAUGUUAAUUACUAUAUAAAGGACUUUUAAACACGAGCAAUAAACUUAGCGUGGUGUUGUCCUCUGUCUGCCAUAAUUAAGUCAUACAUUCAAAAGUACUGAGUGUUGUAUUAGUGGAGUGUGCCACUGCCAGCGCUGAAGCUGUUAAUAAGACAAGAUUACAUAGUAUUGAGGGUUCAGUGGCAAUGCCUGACCUGACUGGGCACAAGACAAGAUAUGGACUUCAGCAACUGUCUGCUGCUGUAUAGAGCAAAAUACGUGGUUAGAUUAGAAACAUGAGGAGAGAAGGAAAAAAUUCACCUUGGGCAGAUGGAGGGAGAUAGCCAGAAGUGUUUUGGAAAUUGCUUUAAGUAGAGACAUACAACACAGUACUGUUGUUUCUUUGCGGACCUACAGAAUAAAGAGCUUGGCUCUGUGACCCACGUCACUUUUUUGCAGAGUAAAAGCUUUUCUGGAGGUGUGGACUGAGCUGGUGCAUCUGCUAAUUCUACACUUGGAGAUAGGUGGGUGUAUUAAUCCCAGCAGCUUCGUUGUUACCCUUUGUAGCAGCUGUGUGCUUCAUUUUGUGAUGGCUCCUUUUUAUGUAGCUGUCAGUUUAAAAGUGUAGUUCUCUUUUUCUACUCCUUAUGCAUAGAAUUACUCAAGCUAAAUUCCUUGUGGUAUCUAAGACAUGGCUCAUGUAUCUGAUAGCUGUACUGGUGGAGAAAGACCUGGGGAAUAACUAGUAGUGAAGUAGUGUAUGCAACUGUGGUUGUAUUGGGGCUGCUCCUUGGUCAUGAGAAGGACCAUUGCUUUUUGUUCGAAGAGAUGAAGGAAGAGUUCACUAAUGUGUGUGUAUCUUUGUGGAACUCUUUUCAAGGAGAGGAGUUUCAAAGCAGUUUAGUGGUGAGGAUUUGAGGAAAAUCAGUCUAAAAUGCUUUUGCUUCCUGACAGAUGCUGGUUGCAUACAGUUCCCUGUCUGUGAAAGAAUAUAACUCCACGUUCUUGGGGAUACUGAUAAGAGCUCCCACUUUCUUCACCAUGGCCUUGAGGAAGUCAUUUACCAACUUGGUGUAUCAGGAAACAGCUAACUAUUGCCUACCUCACAGGGACACUGAGCCAACAUCACUAUCACAGCUUUGAAAGUAACAAGUGCUUUAUCUCUGUGUGCUUUCCAAAAGUGUGUUAGCAUUAGAAAGUAUUAUAGGUAUGAACUAACCUAACGGGUGACUGAACCAGUGUGAGCAGACCAAAAUCGCCUCCGAGCUGACAGUGAGUGGUAAGAGAGGCUCCCUCGGUUUGUUCUGUGAUGAGGAUGCUGAGUCUUUCCCUGUCUCUCUCCUUCCUGUCCCAUGUACCUGAAUACACAUUUCUUAAGCUUCUUACAGGUCUCUCUUGAGCUGUGUUGCUGUGUGAUGAGUCUGCACUGGUAGGUUAACUGAUAAAUGUGUCCUAAAGCACCUCCUAGCCUUUCUUACUCAGUAAAAUGACUGAAUGUUACUCUGUUAACCAUACUGGGCUAAAUUAUUUUAUUUCACUCUGUGUUUUCGCACGUGUUUUAGAGAGUUCUUUGGGAAGGAUGGGGUCUUUCUCUGCAGUGGUUAUAGUAUAAGGACAUGAAAGCUCAUACCUAUUAUUUCAUGUGUGCCGAGUCUUCUUACGAGUUGUGUUGUCGUGUCCUUCCAUCUCGUUGGAUAAGAAGUUCAGUAGCAGUGGUCACCUCACGUUAACAGCAGACUUCACAGUGGUGUUCACGUUUCCAUCAAUAAGCAGAAUUUCCUUUGAUGCAGUUUUCUGUGCCACGUACUGCUCAGCAUUUGUAAGGAGCUUCCAGCUGAACUUCCUCAAGUUUUAAUCUUUUUAAUAAAGAUGGACUUUUUCAUCCUCA